AUGGCUUUUGCAUCGCAAGCUCACCAAAUAUCCUUGAAGCUGUGGCCUCCAAGUCAGAGUACGAGGUUAACACUCAUUGAGCGAAUGGCGAAGAAUCUUACUACACCAUCCACGAUUUCGAGAAAGUAUGGCCUGUUGAGCAAAGAAGAAGCUGAGGUGGAUGCCAAGCAAAUAGAACAACUGGCAUUUGAUGUUGCAAGCCAGCACCAUCAGAAAGAAGCCGACGGUGAUGGAAGUUCUGCAGUGCUACUGUAUGCGAAGGAAUCUAGCAAGCUUAUGCUGGAGGUUCUUAAACGUGGUCCUAGAGUGACGGAGGAAGGAGCAGAUAUAUCUACUGAAAAUGGUAGAGUUCCCCAAGGAAGUGUUUUCGAUAUCUCCGGUGGUGAAAGGGCAUUUAUUGAAGCCAAGGAGGCCGAGGAUCUUCUCAGACCGCUUAGUGAACCAGGAAAUUCAUUUAAUAGAAUAUGUUUCAGCAACAGAAGUUUUGGCUUGGAAGCAGCCCUUGUGGCAAAACCCAUAUUGUCAUCCAUGAAGCACCAAUUAACAGAAGUGGACUUAUCAGAUUUUGUUGCAGGAAGGCCAGAGGCUGAAGCACUUCAAGUGAUGAAUAUUUUUUCAUCGGCACUUGAAGGGUGUAAUUUGAGGUAUCUGGAUCUUUCAAGCAAUGCUCUGGGGGAAAAGGGUAUCAGGGCAUUUGCGGCGCUCAUUAAGUCGCAGCACAAUCUGGAGGAGCUUUAUUUGAUAAAUGAUGGCAUCUCCGAAGAAGCGGCGGUAGCAGUUUCUGAGUUACUUCCUUCCACUGAGAAGCUGAAGGUGCUUCAGUUUCACAACAACAUGACUGGAGAUUUAGGUGCUCUAGCUAUUGCCAAGAUUGUGAAACGUUCUCUUCUAUUGGAAGAUUUUAAAUGCUCUUCAACAAGGGUGGAUGCAGAAGGUGGUGUUGCUCUAGCUGAAGCUCUUGCGACAUGUACUUGUAUGAAGAAGCUUGAUCUUCGUGACAACAUGUUUGGUGUAGAAGCUGGAGUUGCUCUUAGCAAAGCUCUAUUGGCUCUCACCGGGCUUACUGAGGUUUACCUGAAUUAUCUUAACUUAGAGGAUGAGGGCACAGAAGCGAUUGCCAAUGCACUGAAAGACUCUGCACCUUCUCUUGAAGUUCUGGAUAUGGCUGGCAACGACAUUACUGCAAAAGGUGCUUCUUCCUUGGCAGGAUGUAUCUUGGCUAAGCAGUUUCUCACCAAGUUAAACCUAGCCGAGAAUGAGCUGAAGGAUGAAGGUGCUAUCUUGAUUGCUAAGGCUAUAGAAACAGGGCAUGGCCAGUUGAACGAGGUCGAUUUAAGCACAAAUGCAAUUAGAAGAGCUGGAGCAAGAUUAUUGGCACAGGCUGUGGUGAAUAAGCCUGGAUUUAAGUUGCUCAAUUUGAAUGGUAAUUUCAUAUCCGAUGAAGGGAUUGAUGAAGUGAAGAAGAUAUUCAAGAGUUUGCCAACGGUUCUUGGCCCCUUGGAUGAGAAUGAUCCUGAAGGUGAAGAUUUUCAUGAGGAUGGCGAUGAUGGCGACGAGGAUGAUGAACUGGAGUCAAGGCUCAAGGGGUUGGAGAUCAAGAAUGAUGUGUGA